AUGGCGUCAGCAGCAGUUUUACCAGCGGCAAGCAAUGCAAUGGCUGUCGAUGAAGCGGCAAAAGCUGCUGUAGAAGAAGAGCCUCUUAAUAUGUAUCAGGAAGUGAAGGGCUUGGAGAAGCAACUAGAGUUUGUAGAGCUACAGGAGGAGUACCUGAAAGAUGAAAUGAGACACCUUCAACGUGAACUACUCCGUGCGAAGGAAGAGAUUCGUCGUAUUCAAUCAGUGCCUCUCGUUAUCGGUCAAUUCAACGAAAUGAUUGAUGCGAACUAUGGGAUCGUCUCCAGUACUGCUGGAUCCAACUACUACGUCCGAAUUUUAAGUACUCUUGACAGAGAGCAGCUCAAGCCAAACACGAGCAUUGCUCUUCAUAGACACUCUCACUCGCUUGUGGAUAUAUUGCCGCCAGAGAGUGAUUCGACUGUAAAGCUUAUGGCUGAGAAGCCUGACGUUUCAUACAAAGAUAUUGGUGGUAUGGAUGUGCAAAAGCAAGAAGUUCGAGAGGCAAUUGAGCUUCCCCUCAUUCAGCACCAUCUAUACCAACAAAUUGGAAUCGAUCCUCCUCGUGGAGUUUUGCUGUAUGGUCCACCUGGUACAGGUAAAACAAUGAUGGCAAAAGCAGUUGCGAAUGCCACGGAAGCAACAUACAUUGCCAUGGUGGGAUCAGAAUUUGUCCAGAAGUACCUAGGUGAAGGACCCCGGAUGGUUCGUGAUGUGUUCCGCCUAGCAAGAGAAAACUCUCCAUGCAUCGUUUUUAUCGAUGAAAUUGAUGCCAUCGCGACCAAGCGUUUCGAUGCUCAAACUGGUGCUGAUCGAGAAGUUCAGCGUAUCCUUCUUGAACUUCUAAAUCAAAUGGAUGGUUUCGAUCAAACAACGAACAUCAAGGUGAUCAUGGCUACUAACCGAGCUGAUACCCUUGAUCCUGCUCUAUUGCGACCAGGACGAUUGGACAGAAAGAUUGAAUUCCCGACGCCAGAUCGUCGACAAAAGCGUAUGGUCUUCCAAGCGGCGACCUCCAAGAUGAACCUAAGUGACGAGCUCGACCUUGAGGAUUAUGUGAACAGAUCCGAGAAGGUCUCUUCUGCUGACAUUAGUUCCAUCUGUGCAGAGGCUGGUCUUCAGGCAGUGAGAGAAAAUAGAUAUGUGGUCCUUCCUAAGGACUUUGAUGCUGCAUACAAGAAGGCUGUGAGCAAUCGUGAAAGGGAGCUUGCCUUUUACACGAUGUAA